CUGUCAGCCGGCCAGGCAGUCAAUCAGUAAAAGAGUCAGACGAGCACUGAGCAAUCGAGCAACAGUUUGGAUCACGGACCGACAACUUUUCCUUUCCAGCGGGCCUUGUGGAGGUCUCUUGCGGGAAGAGGCUGUGCAAUCCUCGGCAGUGCUCUGAGACUGUACGGCCCUGUUCCCCGGGGCAACCAGAGAGUUUCCGUCCUGCUUGUGACCGACUCACCUUCACUCCGAGCGGAUUAAAGCGGCGCAGUUUUUGACCCUGACGAACACGCACUUUGAAUUCUUUCUCUUGUUUGUUUUUCUGUCUUCUGAUGAUCUGUGGAUUUGUUUUCCGUAAAAGAUGAACGUCGACAAGGAGAAAAAGAGGAGCAGCUCAGAGCGUCGCAAAGAGAAAUCCCGCGACGCCGCUCGCUGCCGCCGUAGCAAAGAGACCGAAGUUUUCUACGAGUUGGCCCACCAGCUUCCACUUCCGCACAGCGUUAGCGCUCACCUGGACAAAGCGUCCAUCAUGCGGCUGGCCAUCAGCUUCCUGCGCACGCGACGACUCUUCGGCACAGACGGCCACAGCGGUGGCGGCGACAAGCAGAUGAGUAGCCUGUACCUUAACUCUCUGGAGGGCUUCAUCACCGUGGUAACGUCGGACGGCGACAUGAUCUUCCUGUCGGAGAACAUCAGCAAGUUCAUGGGACUUACGCAGGUGGAGCUGACCGGCCAAAGCAUCUUCGACUUCACGCACCCGUGUGACCACGACGAGAUCAGAGAGAACCUCAGCCUCAAAACAGCAAGUGGAAAGAAGGGCAAACAGCAGAGCGUGGAGCGGGAUUUCUUCAUGCGGAUGAAAUGCACGGUGACCAACAGAGGGCGCACUGUUAACCUCAAGUCCGCUAGCUGGAAGGUGCUGCACUGCACGGGCCAGCUGAAGAUGUACACGGGCUUGCCGCAGCUUCCGUUGUGCAGAUUGAAGGAGCCGGCGAUGACCUGCACAGUUCUCCUGUGCCAACCCAUCCCGCACCCGACCAACAUUGACGCACCACUCGACAGCAGGACCUUCCUCAGCCGACACAGCAUGGACAUGAAGUUCACCUAUUGUGAUGAAAGAGUGAGCGAUUUGAUGGGCUACACACCCGACGAUCUCCUGGGCCGGUCGGUUUACGACUUUUAUCACGCUCUGGACUUGGACAGCGUCACUAAGAGUCACCAGAACAUGUGCAGCAAAGGCCAAGCAGUUAGCAGCCAGUACCGAAUGCUAGCUAAGAGCGGUGGCUAUGUGUGGGUGGAGACGCAGGCCACGGUCAUUUACAACGGCCGCAAUUCGCAGCCUCAGUGCAUCGUCUGUGUCAACUACGUGCUCAGUGACAUCGAGGAGAAAAGCACCAUCUUCUCUCUGGAGCAAACAGAGGCGCUGUUCAAGCCAAAAAUGGCCGGCGUGUUCUUCACCGGGGAGAACGGAGGGAGCGACGAGGCGCUCUUCACUAAACUCAAGGAGGAACCUGAAGAGCUUGCACAGCUGGCACCGACAGCGGGAGACACCAUCAUCAGCCUUGAUUUCGGCCAUCCUCUUUUUGAGAGACCAGCGCUGGCUUAUGCCCAGCACCCCUCAGCCUCCAUGCCCGUCCGGGGCACCCCGACCUGGGCCGACGAGAUGCUGGAGGCCGCCACCCCUCCGGCGGUUGGCGACGUGUCCGGCGUGGCUGCCGCUGCCACCUCCACUUUCACGGCACAGCAGAUCCCGCCGCCCUGCAGUGCCACCCCUAGUCUGAGUAGCUGCUCCACGCCCAGCAGCCCCGGCGACUACUUCAACACUACCGACGGAGAACUGAAGGUGGAGCUGACGGAAAAGCUUUUCGCUUUGGACACGGAGGACGACAACUCUGCAAAGACUCAGCGGGACUUGAGCGACUUUGACUUGGAGACGUUGGCUCCGUACAUCCCCAUGGACGGAGAAGACUUCCAGCUCAAUCCCAUCAACCCCGAGGCCGAGCCCCUGGACGCGGGGCCCCUAAGAGGCUCCCCGCUGAUCGGCGGUGGACACCCCCCGUCCCAGCAGAGUUUCAGCAACAUUGUCAGCCUCUUCCAGCCCCUUUCCUCCCCGCCCCGCAGGCAAGAGCGCUACUGUCCGCCAACCGCAGCCCCCUCCUGGGCGGAGGAGCAGGCCCGGGGUCAAGGGGCUCUGGACCCGAGGGCCAGUGCUUACGUGAUUGGGCACGCGCAGAACCCGCCUUACCGGGCACCGGCCAGCACCCCCCUGUCUUCAAUGGGUGGCAUUCAGAACCUGCAGUGGCCCCCGGACCCUCUUUUGACUUACCAUCAACAAGCGGUCAACAAGACAUUUUCUAUGGCGACCGAGCGGCAGCCAUGUUUCCAGCAGAACCUGCUGCAUGGCAUGCAAAAUGACAGGUCCGUGGAAGAUUUGGGGCGCAACUACAGAGAUGCGAGUCCGGUCAAAAACAUCAAGCGCUCCUUCGGGCAGAUGAUGGGUCAAAAUCGGGCGCCAGGAAGCUUGCAAAAGAAAAUGAGGGGUGAAACGGACACUCGAGCGGGACCCUUGCCCGAUACAGUCUCGCCCAUCCAGAUGAUGCUCGGCACCAGAAUCCCGUGUUUCAGCGCUCCGCCCCAGCACCGAAAGUCUGAAUAUCCCGGAAGUAUGACGGGUCUUGCCAGUCGUCUUCUGGGCCCAUCAUUGGAGCCGAAUUUCCUGCCCGAGUUGACCCGCUACGAAUGCGAAGUCAACGUUCCGCUGCAGGGCAACCUGCACCUGCUCCAAGGCUGCGACCUGCUCCAAGCUUUGGAUCAGGCCACCUAGAAGCAAAGCCCCUGACCGCCCAACAGGCAUUCGCCUCAUGCACACUAAACCUGCCUUAAAGCCAUUUUGUCAUUCCAGUCACUAACUAGGUGGCUAAUGCUAAUAUUACACAUAUGUGCACACUUGCAAGCCCGACCCACCUGCGCAAUUUUUGGACCUUUUUCAAGCUAAUUUGAGCCAAAUUGUUCCCGAGAGUUGGAGAGCCUACUCGUUUUUGUUGUUGUUGUUGUUUUGUUUUGUUUUUUAACUCCUUGGCUGCCAGGCUGCCAUUGACGGUGGUAUUACAUAUGAGUGACAAAAGAUACACAUAAUUUGACAUCUAUCAUCGUCAAUGACACUUGCUGUUAAUAUAUUUGGACCACUCAGUACGCAAAUCCAGCCAAAAUGUCAAUGAAAAUAAGAUGCUUUAUGACAAAUUUGAUUCCCAAAGAGAGGUUUUUCUUUUGACACAAAAUGUCAGAUUGUUUAUGAGAAACACAAUCCGGAUUUAAAAACAAACAGUCUGGAAAAAAGCUUUUUGCUUUUGUUUCAUGACAAAAGACAAAAUAGAGCGCUUUAAGUCCCAAUGCUGCCUUCAUAUAGUGUCGUAAAUAUGGUAAUUACCACUUGUCGAGUGGAAAACUGCAAGUGAACGCACCCUCUAGUCGUAUUUUCUAUUGGAGAACUGGGAUUUUAUGAUGAUACCGGAGUUUCCCAGAUGAGUGGACCUUUUACUUUUCAAAAUGGCGGUGCACAAACAAGAAGUUGUGAAUGGUAAGAAACUAGAAGUUUUUUAAGAUUAUUCAUAACCAGCUUUGACUUUUUUGAUGGCGCAUAAUAAUGUUUUGUACACAUUAAUAAAAUAAUAAUUUCUAUACCAAGUGUGAUUAAGUGCUAAAAUGUUCAGUUACAGACAAAACCUUACCUUUUGGAUGUUGAUGCAUUCUUUUGCAUGCUUUUUUUUUUCUCCUCCAAUCAGGGGCGGAUCCACCAGUGACAUGGGGAGGGGGGUUGGCAACUGCCACCCUAAAUGAUAGGCUUGCCACUCCCAAUUGCCACCCCAGUCGGCACUGAUGAAAACUUAAAUUUUAUAUUUACUGCCAUCGAUUAAGUUGGGGUGUCAGUGAAUAUUCUUACAAUAAUAAUAAUAAUAUAAAAAGUUAAGCACAAGUGAAUUGAAUUCUAUCAAAAUGUAAAACGAUUCCAUUUUUGGUAUGCCAUUUUGUGAAAAAAAAAAUCAACAAAAUUCUUAGAUCAAAACUGAUGGGCAUUUUUUAUCGCUUUAGAUAAAUUGGAACUGAUUGUGUCUGUCAUUUUGUAUACAAUCGAUCGAAGGCCUUUGAAUCAUAUCGCUGCAGAAUACCGUAUCAUUGUUCAAAGAAUCACUGAUGUUUUAUAUCAUCAAGAAAUAUUUGUCACCUUCGAAAAGUUGCUGCCUCCCUCUAGCUACCUCAUAAAUAUUUUUCUAGAUCCGCAACAAAAUCACAUGAACAGGACACACUCGUAAUUCAAGUGGUAGGGAUCAUCUUUCCCAAGUCAUGUGAAGGCAGCAUUAAUUAAAGCAUCAAAAGGGUUAAAGUCCAAAAUUGGUUCGUACAAAUUUUUCGUCAAAGUUCUGAUUUUUGUUCGCUUGAGAAAAGAAAAAGUUUAACUCCAUUUUAAACAAAAUUUGUACAAAACACAUUUCUCAAAUUGACAAAAUAGCUUUUUUUUUUUUUUUUUUUUUGCUCAUCCCAAAAAUUGGACACAAAAUUCAUACAUUUGAAAAGAGCUUUACCCGCUUGAGAAGCAUGCAAAAUGUACGUUUUCAGAGUCCAAAUGCGUACGUGAAAGCAUGUUUUUCUCAACAACGCAAAAUAAAACUUAUUUAUCUCCCUGACAAUGUCACAAGCGCUAGCUGCUGUCAAAUGACAAUAAAACAUUUUUAUAUAUAUUAAGCUAUUAUCCAAUCUGUGGGAAGUAUUCACACAUUAAAAAAAAAAAACGAAAAAAAAAAAACAUGCAAUACAAGUACAAUCUUGAUAUGCUCCACUUGUAUACUUCUACUUUGUUGGAUGUUAUUUUAUUGCGUGACCACAGGGUGUUAUUGUUUUUGUAUUUUUUGUUGUUGUUGUGCAAUUUGUGAUGAGGCUAAAAGUUAACCACCGUCACGAGAGGAUUACAGCCACAUUGAAAAAAAAAAAAAACAGCCC